GAAAGCGUCGAGGGAACGAACGCAAGCCGACGUGGCGGAAGCCACAUAUCAAGAGUCUAAACCAUAGAGAAGAAACCAGGAGAGACGCGGGGAGACGGUGAGAGGCGCGGGAACAUUGCUUGCGUCGUGUCUCUGAUUCAGUAAGAUCAGCAGUGUGAAGAAAGGAGAAGCGUCGAUUUGAUGCGACCAAAACACAUCGAGGCCGAGAGUGAGGAGAAAUCAGGAGCGUCAAACUGAGAAGCAAAAAAGGGAGGCUAUCCGGCUCGAUAAAGGAAAAAUCCGAGGGAGGAGAAACCGAGGAAAAGAAGCUGAAGAAAGAAAGAAACAGGAAGAGAACGAAGAAACAAGGAAAUUUCAGGGGAGACAAGUUCGACUCUUCUGUUAUCGGGAGAACGAAUGGAAUCACAAAGAAGUCAACCUGAAAAGCAGUCGUCUACUGCUACCCCAAUGCCUGCUGUUACUUCAUGCCGAAAGAAGAAGACUGACGAUGCCACUUUCUUUGAGGAUUUGAAGGACCACAUUGAUGAGUUCGUCCAUGCAUCAAUGGAUGAACACAAAACCUGCUUCAAGAAGACCCUCCAAAAGAUGUUUGGAAUGUCAAAAGUUGUUGCAGGAAGGAGUGCUGAGACUAACGGAGUUGAAAGUUCUCUUCCCCUUCAAACAACAGUUUCAGAUUAGAUUCCUGUACCAUCUUUUGCGAUCAAGCUGGCUGUAAAUUGCAUGGAACUUUCAUAUUCCCAAGAUGGGCCUAUGUCCAUCUGAGUUUUGUACUUGUAUGCCCUUGACCAGAAGUUGAACAGAUUCAUUGAAGCUUUAAUUUGUGAUAAAUUUGAUGGUGGGUCGGUGGCUCCUACAGAUCACAAAAUUAACUGGAUGAAGCUCUCUCAUGGUAUAUUGGUGAUGAGGUAAUGAGACCAUUGCUUGAUUUUGAAGAUUUCUGAACAAUGUGGGUAUAGUUGUCAUGUUGGUGUUUUGGCUUGCCAGCAAAACAUCAUGUUAUGUGUGGAACAUUGUGUGUGUGUGUGUGUGUAAGCAACUAAAUCAAUUUAGAAUAUGAAGUAAACAUGAUUUGGGGGGGGGUGUCGGGGUCUUAUGACUUAUCACGUGUUUAAUUUACUGUAUUCUUGAUGUAAUAUGGUAGCCAGUUUGGUUAGGUCAUUGUGGGAAUCAUUAGUUUCAGUUUGAUUGUGGGUUCAAUGUCGUCCUAAGAGACUGCGUAAUUUUAUGUGGGAAUUAUUUUAAAA